UCUUCCUCUAUCUCUGGUCCCCCCUUCAUUCUGCCUUUCUUUCACUUGUGCUUGCCUUCGAACCUUUUAAAAUGUUCCCCCCUCUCUCUGAUUCGUCAGACGCAAGAGAAUGUCCCUCUUUUUGUCUCCCUCUCUCUCUCCCCUCCUCACUCACUCCCUCUUUCUCUCCCCAUCUCUGAUUAGAUAGAUAUACUGAUUCCUCAUUCAAUGGACGUCAUUUAGUGCAGACUCUGCCUUGAGUUGCUUCCUCGCUUCACGCUCGAUUUCCGACCAUUCUUCCCUUAUUAAGAAUUCGUGUAAUAUUAAUAGUCAUGAAUAUCUGCUAUUAGGAGUCCAAGGAAAGAAGCAGCUCUUUGCUAAUAUGAGCUCAGUCGAGGGAACAGCACAGUGAUAGAGACAGAAGACGGAACAGGGAUACAGGAAACUUUAAACAUAAAUCCGCAAGACCAAACAUUGCAUUUUAGAAUCGAAUGAAGGGCAGUGGGAAUUUAACCAAAUUCUGAUGGAUUAUCGUUCUUCGGUGGUGCUUAUCUGAACAUUGGGCUCCGUGAUCUUUCAAUAGUGUUGUUGCUGGCAUUAUUUUGUUUGCUCGUACAUUUUCGUUGUUUUAUCAACGUUUUUCUUCUGAAAAUUCUCUUUUGAAUCGCUCGAAAAUCUUCGCAGAUGUUAGUGCACAGCUUUUCCGCGAUGGAUCGUCACGACGGUACCAGCAAUGGGACAGCCAGGCUACCUCAGUUGGGAGGCGUGGGCCAGUCUCCAUAUAGCGCCCCUCCACUCUCCCAUACCCCAAACUCCGACUUCCAGCCACCGUACUUUCCUCCGCCCUACCAGCCAAUCUACCCCCAGUCUCAGGACCCAUACUCGCACGUCAACGACCCCUACUCCCUCAACUCCCUGCACGCUCAGCCGCAGCCACAACACCCUGGCUGGCCGGGCCAGAGGCAAAGUCAGGAGAGCAGUUUGCUGCACCAGCACCGUGGCUUGCCCCAUCAGCUAUGUAGGGAGUACCGUAGAGAAGUGCUCCUGCCGUCGGGCCACGGAAUCGAUACGGGACUCUCAGAUUCUAUCCCAAUCCAUGGAAUACCUCACUCUUUAGAAGAUGUUCAGGUAAUUCAGCAUUAUUUGCAUGUUGAGGAUCAAGGAAUUCACAUCCCAGAUCAGACUGUAAUUAAAAAAGGUCCAGUUUCUUUAUCCAAGAACAACAACGUCUCCGCCAUUCCGAUAAAUAAGGAUGGUCUUUUUGGCGGUGUGGUAAACCCCAACGAGGUGUUCUGCUCUGUUCCGGGUCGCCUGUCUCUGCUCAGCUCCACAUCAAAAUACAAGGUCACGGUGGCGGAAGUGCAGAGACGCCUUUCGCCGCCUGAGUGCCUCAACGCGUCACUGCUGGGCGGGGUGCUGAGAAGGGCCAAGUCUAAGAAUGGCGGAAGGUCCCUCAGAGAGAAAUUGGAUAAAAUCGGAUUAAAUCUACCUGCAGGUAGACGCAAAGCCGCAAACGUUACCCUGCUGACGUCACUAGUCGAAGGCGAAGCCGUGCAUCUUGCCAGAGAUUUUGGUUACGUAUGCGAGACUGAGUUUCCAGCCAAGGCAGUAGCUGAAUAUACAAACCGUCAGCAUUCCGACCCAAACGAACAAGUCCAGAGGAAAAACAUGUUAUUGGCAACGAAGCAAAUCUGCAAAGAAUUCACAGACCUGCUUUCCCAGGACCGUACGCCCUUGGGGAAUUCUCGACCACAACCUAUUCUUGAGCCAGGGAUUCAGAGUUGCUUGACCCAUUUCAGUCUCAUUUCUCACGGAUUCGGGACCCCAGCCAUGUGCGCGGCCCUCACCGCUCUCCAGAACUAUCUGACCGAGGCGAUUAAAGCCAUGGACAAAAUGUACCUGAACAACAACAGUCACUCAGACAGCGGCACUAAAGGCGGAGACAAAGACGAGAAGCACAGAAAGUGAUUCCCACCUGAAAGCCCAAUAUAAAUAUUAUAAAUACAUAUAAAUACUAUUGAUCAAGUUAACGUGCCACUUCCUGAUCUCGCGAUGAUUUUACAUGUUUGUUUUUAAUACCAUUCAACUUUGGAUUCACGGGAAGUGAUGCGCAAGAUCCCCACAAUAAUUAAAAAGAAAAAAAUGGUGAAAGGCGUAAAGAACAGAUCCAGAGAGGGAAAGAUCUCUGCCACAUCUAUGACUUUUUAUGUACUCCCUCUUUUUAUGAGCUGCAACGGACUGAAAUCGAGCGACCCUUAUAUCUCUCAAUUUACGAUUGUAGCCAUGUGACAAAAAGAAGCGAAAAGAGGAUGAAUUAUUAUCAGUAUUGUGAAUAAUAAACUUGAAAAAAAUCCACAGAGUUCCAUGUCAUGACUUCAGUUGUAGACUCUCACUCCAAGCGACCAACUUGAACUUUGAAUUUCAACACGAUUCACGGUUAUAUAAGGGAAUCUGUGUUCAUGUAUGUAUAUAUUUAUUUAUGUGUAAUUUAAUGGGAAUUGUAAAUAUGGUGCGUCUGUUGAAACUUCUUUUUUAUUUAUCUGGUGCCUCCUGUUUUAGUGGGUUUAAAUAUUCGGUUAGUUCUUCAUGUGGUUUUAUGGUUAUUAGAAAACAGAAGUUUGGGGUAUUUUUUCUCUGGGAUAUUUCAAUUCAGCCCUCUUGUAGCAUGUUGAGGCGACAUUGAAGCAAGUAAACAAAUUUAAUAGAAAUAAACCUCCAUUUCUCUCUAGCUAUAUCAUCCUUAUUCCAUUCAGUUUUUUAAUUGAAAAGUGCAUAAUCGAGACCCCGAAGAGAACUGUUUUGUGUUUCUACUUUCUUGUUUUUAUACAAGCUUUUAUGUGUUGUGCCAAUCAGAAUACGUUUCACUUGUUCUUCCCUUGAAGCACCAUAAAAGCAAUAAAUGGAUAUUGUCUUUUGAUUAUUUUUUUUAUGUUCGAAGUAAUUCUAAGCAUUUGGGACCAUCUGAUAUCUUGUAUGUCCAAUGUCCAAAUUGGAGGCGGUUUUAGCUGUAUUGUAUAGACUUGUGCUGGCAAUAGUUCCCAUGCCUGUCAAUGUAUUAUAGUCCUUUGUUGCCCAGAAAAAAAUAAACAUUUGAUACGCUUCA